AUGGACAUGGAUCAAAUAAUCGACGCUCAGCAUGAGCUCUACCUACGCAUACUGCGUAGCGUGGAGAACUUGAAGAAGAUCGGGGCGAGCAAAUUGAACGCCCACACUGUCCAGGCUGCAAUCCGCGUCCUGGACGAUAAAUGGGCCAAAUUCACGGAACAGCAUGAAGAGCUCCGCGCCCACUUCUGGAAGGAGAUCAAGCGGGAGAAGUACACCACCGAGGACCUCCUCAGCAAGGUUGAGACGGCGUAUUAUGGGCAGCGCUCCGAACUCGCCGGACUGGAGGAGCAGUUCAUCGAGCCUGUGGGGCCCGCCCUCGGCAAACGGGUCCGAGAGACGGCUCCGUCCCGCCGAACUUUACCGCGGAUCAACCUACCGCAGUUUAGCGGCAAGUUCGAGGACUGGCCAGCCUACCGAGAUCUGUUCAGCUCCAUGGUCCUAGGAGACGCGUCCUUGACAAAGAUUGAACAGCUGCAUUACCUGAAAACCAGCGUAAAGGGUGAUGCUGAACAGCUGAUUCGCAACCUGCCUUCUACUGAAGAAAACUUGGAGGAUGCGUGGGAAUUAUUGACUACGUAUUUCGAAAAUAAACGUUUACUGGUCAGAUCCUACCUGACAGCCUUCACUUCGCUGCCGCGAUUGAAGGCCCCGUCAGCCGAUGGACUACGCCGACUGUUCCACGGCGUGCUCACGACAGUCGGUGCACUGAAGAGCAUCGGGCGCCCGAUCUCCGACUGCACAGAUCUAUUCGUCCACCUGGUCGUCGAACUACUGGACGCUGAAACUCGACGUGAGUGGGAGAGCUCCCUCGGAAGGUCGUCGGAGCCUCCGUCCUACGACAAGCUCCGGGAGUUCCUCCAGGAACAACUGAUGACCUGGGAGGUCCUCCAGUCAGUGAAGACUGUAGCGCCUGCCAAGCCAACGGAGAAGUCCAGCCGCUCCUCUCGCAGUAGCCAUGUGGGUACCAGGGGGCCUGAUCCGCACCGCAGCUGUCCGCUCUGCAAAAAGGAUCACUUUAUUGCUUAUUGUGAGCAGUACAAGAAGAAGACGGUUAGCGAGAAGCGGGAAGCCAUCAACACUCACCAGCGGUGCUGGAACUGCCUGGGUCGUCAUCUGCUAGCCGAUUGUAAGUCGCACAAGACGUGCGCUACAUGCUCAGGCCGGCAUCACACGACGUUGCACGACGCCUUUGCGGCUGUGGCCUUACCUGCGACUGCAUCCUCAUCUCCGACGGCGACAGUCCACGUCGCGAGGCGACCACCGCGGGAGUGUGGACCGGCGCUUCUGGCAACUGCCCGUGUAUUCGUGGCCGACCGCGUGGGUACUCGGCAUGCGGUCCGCGCGUUGAUCGACCCGGGCUCAGAAACCUCGCUGAUAGCGGAAUCCUUGGCGCAGCGACUUCGGCUCCCGCGGACCCCAUCGUCAGUGGCCAUCUUUGGAGUGGGAGGCAUCCAGACGGGCGUCACUCACGGACGGAUCACCGCCACCGUCUCCUCUCGCGAUGGACACUUUGCGCUCGCCGUCUCGCCGCUUGUCUUCCCACGCCUCACGGUGUACGGUGGAACCUCGGAGGGCGAGGCCCGUUCCUGGCCCCACCUCGACGGUCUCGAGCUUGCAGACCCGGAGUUCCACCGCCGGGAUGCUGUGGAGUUGCUGCUUGGCGCCGAUGUCUAUCUGGACCUCGCUCUGCCGGAGGGCUUUCGCCGAGGAGGACCUCGCGAGCCCGGUGCCCUGUUGACUCGCUUUGGCUGGGUGCUGCUGGGCGUCGUUGGAGCCGGUCACGUCGCGGCUCCCGUGUCGUCUCUACAAUGCUCCACGGGGGACGAUCUGGUAGCUCUCGUGCGCCGCUUCUGGGAGACCGAAGAGCAUCCUCGUGCCGCCUUGCCGCUGACCGCUGACGAACGGGAGUGCGAGGACCAUUUUGUGCGCACCCACGUGCGACUUGAAGACGGUCGCUAUCAGGUGCGACUCCCGUUCCGUCCGGGGCUGCCGGAUCUCAGCUCCACGCGCCGCGCCGCGUCACGGCUCCUCGACGUCAUGAGGCGUCGGUUCGUUCAAGAUCGCGAAUUCGGUCUACUGUAUCGCGACUUCAUGAACGAGUACCUGACACUCGGACACAUGUCGCCUGUCUCCGCCGCGUCGCUCUCGCCAGGUUCCAGAAUCUGCUUCCUGCCUCACGACGGGGUGCUACGGAGCUCAAGCACGACCUCCAAGAUCCGGGUGGUGUUCAACGGCUCGGCGCGUACUGGCGGCGGGUCGUCACUGAACAACUGGCUGCUCACCGGACGUAACUUGCUGCCGUCGCUAGCCGACACCUUGACUCGCUGGCGGCGACACCGCUAUGUCUUUGUCGCCGACAUCAAGAUGAUGUAUCGUCAGAUACAGCUGCACCGCGACGACCGGGACUUGCAGCGGAUCCUGUGA